AUGGCGGACACCAGCAGCAGUGACGACGACUCCGGCAGCGACUUCGAGGCCACCCUGCAGGAGAAGCGGGGGGCUCGGGGGGGGCCCAGCACCCGCCUCCGCCCUGUCCCCAGACAUCCCCGGAGGGAGCCCAGCGAGGACGGCAGCAGCUCGGAGGAGAACGUCCUCUACCAGGCUGUCAUGGACGGCAGGGUGGCCAUCGAGGUGGCGGUGGACGAGUGGCUGCAGGGCUACAAGCGGGACCGGGAGCCGGCCUUCCUGGAGCUCGUCAACUUCAUCGUCCGCUCCUGCGGCUGCCGAGGCACGGUGACGCUGGCCAUGCUGCGGGAGCAGCAGAACACCGAGAUCAUCCAGCGGCUGACCGAGACCUUCAGCGAGGACUCCUCCGACUACCCCCUGUCCCUCUCCACGGGGCCGUGGCGCCAUUUUCGGGCCUCUUUUGGGGCCGUGGUGACAGCGGUGGCCCUGCGGAGCCGCCACGCCGUCCUCUACGAUGGCUUCCUCCUCGGCGGCCUCACCGCGCUGCUCACCAGCCUCGCCGACUCCCAAGUGCGCGCCUUCCGCCACACGGCCACCUUGGCAGCCAUGAAGCUGAUGACGGCGCUGGUGGAGGUGGCGCUGGGGCUGAGCCAGCGCCGCGACAACACCCAGAGGCUCUACGAGGCCGAAAGGGGGAAAAGCCCCCCCCGGAGAGCCCCCGGCAAGCUGGAGGUGCUGCAGGAGACGCUGCGGGAGAUGGGUGACUUUUGGGGACGCGGUGGGGACACGGGCACGGGCGCCCCGGUGACGCCCGUGGGUGCCGUCCAGCUCCAGGAGCAGCAGGAGGAGAUCGAGGCCGUGAUGAACGCCAUCUUCAAGGGGGUCUUCGUGCACCGAUACAGAGGGCCAUAG